AUGCAACGACCAACUAUAACAGCCUAUAGAAGUAUAGACGAUCUAAGACAGCUCAAAAAAUGGUUUUACAAAUAUAAUGAUGGUGAAGAUAAUAGAUUGAAAGCGGUACAAAAAGUUAAAGGAUUAGCAAUAAGAGGAAAACUUCCACAUGGAGUUGAAGCGACUUCAUUUUUAACAACAAUGGUUUUGAAUGAUAAUGAACAAGGACAAAUAGACUCAAACACUUUACAAUUAUCAUAUACAAUGGCAUUAAUUAGAUUUGUGAAUGGUUUGUUGGAUCCAUUUCAACAAUCCAAUUAUGCUAUUCCUAUGCAUUUGUUAGCCAAACAAUUGAAUCUACCAACUUAUUUUGUUGAAUUAAGACAUAUGGGGACUCAUGAAAGUUUACCGAGUUUAGAUAUCUUGAGAAUUACAUGUGCUAAUGCAUUAAAUUGGUUAUAUGAAAACUUUUGGAAUAAUAUAAAAGAUGUGGAUGAAGAACUGGGUGCAACGUUGAAAGAUCCGUUAAGGGAAGCAUUGAAUUUAAGAGUAAAAGAAAUUGACACCAUGUUGGAAAAAUAUCAGGUGUAUAACAAUCUUAAAAUGUUCAAGAAAAUACGUAAACAAGAUUUGGAUAAAGUCUAUGACAUUGAUAAUACAGAAGAUGAAAGUGCAGUCAAGUAUAAUAAAUGCAUGGAGAAUUUAGUAAAUUUUUCAAGUGAAGAUAUGAAGUUACUAGUGGAUAUCUUGUUGUAUAAGAAUUAUUUGAUUUAUCCUUCAUUGAAAGUCAAAGAUAAAAAAUCAAAGUUUAAUCCUUUGGUUGUCAAGUUGUAUAAACCGUUGUUGGACAGGUUAGGGAUACAGUGCAAGAUAGAGUGUUUUGAUCAAAUCAUAAUUAUAAUGGAAAACAGGACCAAAGAUCCAUUGGAAGCAAAAUUGCAUAAAAAACUAGGGUUUGCUGAAUUAACACAUCAUGAUGAAAUAAUCCAGUUGGUAGAGUGGCUGGUGUAUUUUGGUCAAGAGCUUAUCGCAUCAGAAACUAUUCCAGAACAAUUUGAUAACAAAGAAUCACUCAUUAAAAAGAUUUUGGAUAACUUGCAACCAAUAGAGAAAAAGAUACCUGAAUCCAUACUUCCUACGUUUUCAAGUGGCCUUGAUAGAUUACUAGAAGCUAUUUCAAAAGAAGAAAUUCUGCAAAGCUUAGUUGAAAGAUUAUCUGACUGGAUAAAACUGAUUAGAAACUUACAGUCUACUAAAAAGACAUAUGAGUUACCACCCUCGUUGGAUGAUCUACUUGGUUCAACAGUAUCUCUGUCUUCUAAACGACCAUUGGAAGAUAAGCCUAACCAGUAUUCAGAUACAAAGAAACGACACUUACCAAAAAACAAUGAACUUUUCCUAUUGACACCUCAUGAAAAUUGGAAACCAACACCAUUUGGCACAUGUGUAUAG